AUGUCUGAAAAUCCUGGACUCCCCCGUCUUGCAAUUGUGGGCUGCGCCCACGGCUCGCUUGACCAGAUCUAUGCCGAUGUCAAGGUGGAGUGCGAAAAGCGUGGUUGGGAUACUGUUGACGCAGUCAUUCUGGGCGGUGACACUCAGACCCUCCGCAACGCCAAUGAUGCUACUUGCAUCUCUAUGCCCGCCAAGUACAGAAAGCUUGGCGAUUUUCCCUUUUACUACUCGGGCCAGCGCGUUGCUCCGUACCUAACAAUCUUUGUGAGCGGGAACCAUGAGUGCAGCAACUACCUGUACGAGCUCUACUACGGAGGUUGGGCUUGCCAUAACAUCUUCUUCAUGGGUGCGGCAAACGUUCUCCGUCUCGGUCCCAUUCGAAUCUCUGGAAUGUCUGGCAUCUGGAAGGGUUAUGACUACCGCAAACCUCACUCCGAGCGUCUGCCUUACAACGAUGAUGAGCUUCACAGCAUCUACCACAUCCGCGAGAUCGACAUCCGCAAGCUUCUUCAGGUCCGCACCCAGGUGGAUGUCGGUCUGAGCCAUGACUGGAUCCGUGGGAUUGAGUUCUAUGGCGACGCAGAGGGUCUUUUCCGCAAGAAGAGAGGCUUCCGCGAGGACGCCCAGCACGGCCGCCUGGGAAAUGCCGCCGCUCGUGAAGUCGUGGACCGUCUGCGACCGGGAUACUGGUUUUCGGCCCAUCUUCAUGUGAAGUUCGCUGCAGCUAUGCCAUAUGACAACGUGUCCCUGCGCAAGACUGACCCGACCGCCGACCAGCCUACCGAAUGGGCUGUGGAGGUUGCGGGCCCCACGACCCCUCAAGUGCCGACUGCUUCCCUUGCGCUUGAUGGGAACGUCAGCACCAAGGUCUCCCCAGAUGCCACCGAAUCCAAGGCCAACCCUCCUGCUACCGGUGACGAAAUGUCACGUCUUGCUGCGUGGAACAGUUUCCAAUCUUCUGCUAACAAGACUGAGGGGGAGACCACCCUCAGCAUGCGCGAACGACUUCAGCAAGCCGGGCCUCAGACUAUCCGAGCUGAGACUAACCACGAAUGGAAGCGUCUCGCAACUCACCAGAAUCACCGCUCAUUCGACACUGUCGUCGUUCACCAGGAGACUCUCGGUGGUACCUCCAAGAAGGCCAAGGUCCAGAACGACGAAGAGAUUGACCUGGAUUCUAGCGACGAUGACCACGAUUCCACUUCUACCGCCGCUGUUCCUCAGGGGAUGCUUGGUUCACCCAAGCAUGCGAAGGUCCAAAACAGCGAAGAAAUCAACCUGGACUCCGGCGAUGAAAGUAUGGAGUCCCCUUCACUCAAUGCCCCUGUGAAUGCUUCUGUGACUACCGACGGUGCUGGCGAUUCGAGAUCCCUUGUUGACCAGGCUAUUCGCAACAAGCUGCCCGCUAGUCUGUCUCGUCCUAUCGUUCCAGCAACCCAGGAGGUCAAGAAGACUACCCCCCAGGCUAUUCAGAAUAAGAUCACUCGCUUCUUGGCUCUGGACAAGCCGAAUAACCAUGAUCCUUACCUGCAGCUUAUUGAGGUUAAUCCUAUUUCCGACCAGGAGAACGUCCAAUGCCAACGCCCGUACCGCCUCCAAUAUGAUAAAGAGUGGCUCGCUAUCACCCGUGUCUUUGCAGAGGAUCUGCAACUGGGCGACCCGAAUGUUCCCAUGCCUUCCGACCUGGGUGAAGAGAAAUACCUGGAGAAGAUCCUGGUAGAGGAAGACUGGGUUGAAGAGAACAUUGUCCAGAAGGGCCUCAUGGAUGUCCCUUUCAACUUCCAGCGCAGUGCGCCGAAGUACGACCCCGCUGUCCCGAUUUCUACUACGGAGCAGCCAAUUGAAUACAACAACAUUCAAACUGCCGAGUUCACCAAUUUGCUCCAGAUUCCGAACAAGUUCGAGACCUCUGAGGAGGAGCGUCUGGCAAGACAUAGUGCUGGACCUCGUCCGAUGGCACCUGGUCGCUCACAUGGUGGUCGUGGAAACUCGAACCACCGUGGCCCUGGCCGUGGUCGCGGCGGGCGUGGGGGUCGUGGAGGACGUGGCGGGCGUGGCGGGCGUGAUCAUGGGCGUGAUCGUGGUCACUGA